AUGACGAUUGAAACAUAUACAAUUUAUCCAACAAAGAAAUACAAUCGUCCACCUCCACCAUCGAGAAUAGUACUUCAUGGUUUGGAUCUUCUCAGUCCUCCAAUACACAUUCUCAACCAUCGAUUUUACCGUCCUCCGACCGACAGUAUCACUAACGUGAUUGAUAAAUUGAAAUCCUCUCUUGCGGAUGCACUCGAGUUGUAUCCACCAGUAGCAGGAACUGUUCGAACCGAUGAAAAUGAUGAAGUGUAUAUUGCAUUAGAUGCUGAAAAUAUCUCUGACAUACAGUUUUUGGUUGAAAUGAGAGACACACCGUUUGUUGGUGAUUCCGAAGAUCUGUCUCCUCGAACUGUCGUGUUAUUACCUCCCUUAUCAAGCACAUUAGCAGUGAAAGUAACUCGAGUAAUGUGA